AUGGUUAGUUCAGAAAACUUGGAAUACGCCAUUGAGCAGUUGAUGGACAUAUCUGCUAGGUUAGAAAAACUAGCUAACAACAAUGAGAAAAAACUGCAACCUCUGAAGCUUAAGAUCAAGAAAGCAAUUGAAAAGAAAGAUAAGGAAGAUAUCCUGAUCCAGGCAAGGAACAUGGUUCGUAGAAAGAAAGAAGAAGUCACGAAUUAUCGUCAAGUUUCUUGUCGUCUUGAUUCUUUGUAUGGCUUCCUUGAUGAGAAGCCGUGGCUAGAAAGUAUUUAUCACUCAAUUCGUACACUUCAUGAAUCUGUUGAUUCAUUCAUAACUACACGUAAUUUGCAAAAGAUGAUGGAAACAAUAGACCAAAUUGAGGAAAAGUAUCUCAAUGAGAAAAUUCUCGCCGAAUUUAAGAGCUGGGAAGCAAGUAAGGGUACACCAAUUUUGGUGUCCGAAGAUGAGGAGAUUAAUACUUUAAUCCAACAGGUGACUGAUGAGUGCGAGUUAGAUGCUGGAAGCCGGCCAUCAGAGUCAUCACGCGAUCUCACUCCAGAAGUAACCAGGGAGAAGAAGUGGCGUGUGAUCAUGUAG